AUGCCAGUAGCCCAAUCCCACCUCGAAGCUCAAAUAAAAUCCAAACUCGAAGCAGAGCAUGUGGAAGUGACAGAUACCUCGAACGGAUGCGGCCAAAGUUUUGAAGUCGUGAUCGUUUCUAAACUCUUUGCCGGGAAACCUCUCUUGAGUCGACACAGGAUGGUCAACGAAGCACUAAAGGACGAAAUAUCACAAAUCCACGCCUUUUCACAAAAAACAUUUACACCCGAGCAAUGGGCUGCUCAACAACAAUAA